CUUCGCGUCACCACAAACUGUUUAGAAAACUAGUAGUGGAACGUCGGCGGACACUAACUUGUGUGCAGACAAACAGUAACCAACAUGCUUCGCCCUCCACGACGCUUCCUCACUGAAGAGGAAAUGAAGGCCAUCCCAGCCGAGGAGAGAGCGGCCAUUAUCGCAGAAUGGUCCAGCUUUAACGCGCGCCUUCGCCUUCAGCAACAGCAACAAGAAGAAGCUGCGUGCGGUUCUUAUCGCGCUGGGCGAGGACGUGGUGGUAGGGGACGAGGCGGCCGAGGGUAUUACGGGUAUCACCCUUACGCAUCUGCGCAGCGCUUCUCUAAUCGAUCGGUAUCGUUCAACCCGCCAAAAACACCACCACCGCCUUCCCGGCUCGAUAUUACUCUGAAGAGUCCUGGAAAAUGUACUAAUAACCAGACCGCGCAGACUGAGCAAGAAGAGGUGGAGAAGAGCGCAGAGCCAUGCGCUGCGUUCACGGCAACAGGUGUUUGUAAGAAGGGCCCACGUUGUCCACACGCCCACGAUCCCGAAAAGACAGCGAUUUGCAAGCGUUAUCUAUACAAAGAUAACUGUGUCUACGGCGACGCCUGCCCAUUAUCGCAUGCCCCAUCACCACACCGCUCGCCAACCUGUACUCAUUUCCUAGAGCAUCGUUGCACCAAAGAGAACUGUCGUUACGCCCACGUGAACGUCAAUCCGGCUGCCCCAGUCUGUGAGGCUUUUGCGCGCCGAGGCUACUGUGAAAAAGGCGGUGCUUGUGCUGAACGACAUGCAUUCGAAUGCCCCGACUUCACGAACAAGGGUUCUUGUGAGGUAGAGGGUUGUCCCUUCCCUCAUGUAAUGCACGCCGGACGAUUGCGAAAGGCCGCAGGGAGUCACUCCACUUCUGAAGCAGGAUCACCACCAACCUCGAGUGCCCCAGAGAAACUCGAUGGUAACGAAAGCGCGGAGGAUGGUACCGAACAAUGCGUGGUGAAUGCCAAUUGCGACAUAGACCUGGGUGACGACUCAAACAACGGCAUAGAGGGUGCACAAAGCGAGCCUGGAACCCUCUCUCACCAGGCGGACUUUGUUCCAUUUGAGGCCUAAACUUUCGUGACCUCAACCUCCUUAGCCCUUCGAAGAGCAUCUACUUCUAGUAUUUCGGCGUUCCCGGUGGAUGGAAGAUACCCAAGGUAGAUGCUUUGUGUCUCACCUGUUUCCAGUGAAAUCAGCGACAUCCAGGCCCCACAGUUCUUGUCGCAAUCUAAUUUCC